AUGAAAGCUGAUUAUGAAAAGCACGACGCUAUUCUGAUCGCUUGUUGCAUGAUGCAGAUCAAGGCCAAGUUUGAUACUGAUGAAGGUCUGAACUUCAUUCAACAGUAUUACAUCAAUCAAGGACUGAAGAAGGUUGGUGAUGAUGGAAAGGAUGCUGUGGAUAAGGAAUUGAGACAAAUGCUCCUGAGAGAUUGUUUCACUCCCAAAUUUGUUAAAGACAUGACCGCGUCUGAGCAAAAGAAGGCCCAAUCAACGAUGAUGUUACUUGCGGAGAAGCAAUUUGAAAAGACAAUUAAAGGUCGCCUAGUAUACCGAGGCAAUGGAAUAGAAAAAAUUAUUUCAGAAACGAAACAACACGCAAUCCGGCGGAACCAACCAGUCUGCCUCGCGUAG